AUGCGGUCUCUUUCACCAGCCCUCGCGUCCCUCGCGAAUGUAUUCCGCAUCCCCAUGUCGCUGAACCCUGUGCGCCCCACGGUCAGCCGAAUGUGUUACGAGACCCUCGCGCGACGACCCUCACAACCUAGCCCGAUCACUGCGGCCGUGCAACAAUCAGCCCCGUUUUCAUCCACAAGUGCGCUGGCAAAGCGAAAGGGUGGAAACGUCGUUGACAAGCGAAUCACUCUCAUCCGUUACUUCCUCUAUCACCCGCUCACCCCCCGCCCUCUCCGUUUCUCUCGCAAUCGUUACCUGCGUCACUGGACAAUCCACCGUGCCUGGCAACUGUUCCAGGCGAAGCAGCGCCGCCAGCAAGAACUUGAAUUGGAGCGCCAAUACCAGGCCAUGCAAUCUGCAUGUGAGGAGCUGCGUACCUCUGCUGGAGAUGGAGGCAGACUGUUCCGCAAAUCGAUGAACAAGAAGGGCAUCUUCACUGAUAUGUUCCCUAUCGAGUAUGGUCGUAUGCAGACGGAUUACCCCCCGGCCGAGGGCUGGAACCACGACUGGAAGCGACCCGUCAAGAAAUAG